GCGCCGGAAGUGGCGGGCAUUGUGGGUAGUGAGCUGUUUACUUCCUGCGGGCGAGGGAGCAGAGGGAGUAUUCCUCGCCGUUGUUCUUCCUGUCGGAGAAGAUGGCCUUGGAGACGGUGCCGAAGGACCUGCGGCAUCUGCGCGCCUGUUUGCUGUGUUCACUGGUCAAGACCAUAGACCAGUUUGAAUAUGAUGGUUGUGACAAUUGUGAUGCAUACCUACAGAUGAAGGGUAACCGAGAGAUGGUUUAUGACUGCACCAGCUCUUCCUUUGAUGGAAUCAUUGCGAUGAUGAGUCCAGAGGACAGCUGGGUCUCCAAGUGGCAGCGAGUCAGUAACUUUAAGCCAGGUGUGUAUGCGGUAUCAGUCACUGGUCGUCUGCCUCAAGGAAUCGUGCGAGAGCUGAAAAGUCGAGGCGUGGCCUACAAGUCCAGAGACACAGCUAUAAAGACCUAGCAAGGUGCAGGGCUGCCAGCGUCUUCGUUCUCCACUUCUUGCCUCUGCUUACUUUUAUUGUGGAACUCAAUGGGCAGAACUUGAAAUACUGCCACCUUCCAGCUCUGAGACUCAGCCAGCUGUUGAGAGAGCAACCCAUCAUGUCCCUGAGCCAUUUUAUCUUCUUUGGACUACUGUGGGGGUGGGAGGGAUUUGGGUUGCUGGAUUAACAUAGACUGAAUUGAAGGGAGAGGAGGAUGCUGGUUUUCCUGCCCAUGACCCAGGGCCGUUACAUGCCCACUGGUAGGACUCUAGAUUCAAUGCCAAUAAAUAUGAACCUCUAGAACAUUCUUGAGGCCAUGACACAUGCCCUGCCUCACUCUCCAUUUCUUGUAGCUAGGCGCAGGAAGAGCCUAUGCCCUGUAAGCACCUUCCCAGAGCUCUGAGGCUCCCUGUGCCUUUCUCUGUUCCUCCAGGGCUGCACCCUUUCUGAUGUGCUUCCUUGGCUUGCCUUGAAAGGUAUGCUGUCCCGAGGUUAGGACCCCAGCAGCUUGGCAGUUCUGGUGUCUAGUGGUUGUAUCCUACCCUCUGGACCUGGCACAGCAGUGUUUCUUGAAGAAAUCCUAGAGCUUUUUCAUGCCCUUUGCCCCUUGACCAUAUUUAGUAUUUCUUUUUUCUCCCUCAUCUGUUUUCUUUUUACUGCCCUUCCUAUACCUUAGGAAGUCCCACUUACAUUCUCCUAACUGGCAAUGCGCAGGCCUCAGGUGACCUCUGGGUCUUGGUCUGCCUUGUUUGUGCCUCCAUAGGAGGUAGCCCUUCCUUUUCUCCUCUGGCCUAGUAGGGAGCCCUGGGUAAUGUUACAGUUUGACCAAGUCAUUUGUUUUAGAAUUAGAAAUUCACAUAAAUUCUCAUUCACGUAAAUUUCCACAGAAAUCCUGUUAGUAGCCCCAUUUUGAUUUCCCUGUUUCUUGUUCUCCAUCUGUAAAGAGGAAAUUAUUAUACCCUGUCUGUUCACCUCAGGAUUGUUGUGAUUAUAGAAAUGAAGUAAUGUGAAAUUUUAGAAAUCUUA